AUGGGGAAGAGGCCAAACGUCCAGAAAUUUCGCAAGAGGUUUGCCAGGUCUUCCCUGGACACUGGGGGAGCCACCGUGGGAAAGGCCGUCUUCCCAGAAUCUGAGGCGACCCAAGAGAAGGGGAAGGAGAUGGAAGAGGAGGACCGGGAAGGCCCCGGAAGUGACCAUAGAUCAAGCAACGGUCCCCAUCCCACCCGAGCAGGGAGUGGGGUUGAAUCCUGGGAAAGAGCCGUGCCGGAGAUCCCGGCUAAGGACACCGUGUGGGGACCAUCUGUGAAGAGGGUGGUGAAGUUCUCUGAGGCAGGAGGAGCUUCGUCGGAGGAAAGUCAGAGGGCGCAGGCCCAGGAGCGUGCCCAAGAUGCCCGGUCAAGUGGGAAUGAUCAGAGGAAUGAGAAAGAUGAGGAACUUCAUCACCUGUUGCCAGAUGUAGUAAAGGAUGAAGACUUGAGAGGAAAUUUCAGGAAUCAAGGCAGACAUAAGAGGCAAAAAGGAAGCCACUUGUUUGAGAACAAAGAUAAAAACAUUCCUUUCCAAGGGGGGGAUUUCCAUGAAGUAAUUCACAUGGUGGAGGAACCAUACAAGUGCUUGGAGUGUGGAAUGAAUGUCUCAGAUCAAACCCAAUAUAAUAGCAGUUCACACUGUGGCAAGACCAUCUCAGGGAAAUCAGACUUUGUUCAUUCAGGAGAGAAACUGCUUAUCUCCUCAGAGGGUGGAAAGACAUUCUUUGAUGGGAAAAGUGAUAAUAUAUAUUUUCCAAAGUACAGCAUAAUGAAGGCCCAUAAAUCUUUUCAGUGUGAAAAGGACUUGAAAUACAGAUCACAGCUCCCUGUACACCAAAGAAUCCACAGAGAGGAGAAAUCUUCUGAGUAUGCAGAGAGUGGAAAGAAGUUGAGUCAGAGUGGUACUCUUAAAGAUCAUCAAAGAAUACACACAGGGGACAAACCUUAUCAGUGCUCAGAGUGUGGGAAGAGAUUCAGACAGAGCGGCAGUCUUCAGGAGCACCAAAGAACCCACACAGGGGAGAAACCUUUCGAGUGCUCAGAGUGUGGAAAGAGCUUCAGUCAGAGUGGCACUCUUCUCCUGCAUCAAAGAAUCCACACAGGGGAGAAACCUUUUGAGUGCUCAGAGUGUGGAAGGAGAUUCAGUCAGAGUGGCAGUCUUCAAAAUCAUCAAAGAACCCAUACAGGGGAGAAACCUUUUGAAUGCUCAGAGUGUGGAAAGAGAUUCAGUCACAAUGGCAGUCUUCAGUAUCACCUAAAAACCCACACAGGGGAGAAACCUUUUCAAUGCUCAGAGUGUGGAAAGAGAUUCAGUCAGAGUGGCACUCUUCAACUGCAUCAAAGAACCCACACAGGGGAGAAACCUUUUCAAUGCUCAGAGUGUGGAAAGAGAUUCAGUGAAAGUGGCACUCUUCAAUAUCAUCAAAGAACCCACACAGGGGAGAAACCUUUUCAAUGCUCAGAGUGUGGAAAGAGAUUCACUCGGAAUUUUUCUCUUCACCAGCACCUAAGAAUCCACACAGGGGAGAAACCUUUUGAAUGCUCAGAGUGUGGAAAGAAAUUCCGUUAUAGUGACAAGGUUCAACGUCACCAGAGAACCCACAUAAGGGAAAAACCAUUUGAGUGCUCAGAGUGUGGGAAGAGAUUCAGACAGAGCGUCCGUCUUCAGGAGCACCAAAGAACCCACACAGGGGAGAAACCUUUCGAGUGCUCAGAGUGUGGAAAGAGCUUCAGUCAGAUCAGCAGUCUUCAGUUGCAUCAAAGAACUCACACUGGGGAGAAACCUUUUGAAUGCUCAGAAUGUGGAAAGAGAUUUAGUUGGAGUGGCUUUCUUCAACAGCAUCAAAGAACCCACACAGGAGAAAAACCUUUUGAGUGCUCGGAGUGUGGGAAGAAGUUCAGUCAGAUCAGCAGCCUUCAGUUGCAUCAAAGAACUCACAGUGGUGAGAAACCUUAUGAAUGUUCAGAGUGUGGAAAGAGAUUCAGUCGGAGUUUUUCUCUUCACGAGCACCUAAGAACCCACACAGGGGAGAAACCUUUUGAAUGCUCAGAGUGUGGAAAGAGAUUCAGUCGGAGUUUUUCUCUUCACGAGCACCUAAGAACCCACACAGGGGAGAAACCUUUUGAAUGCUCAGAGUGUGGAAAGAGAUUCAGUCGGAGUUUUUCUCUUCACGAGCACCUAAGAACCCACACAGGGGAGAAACCUUUUGAAUGCUCAGAGUGCGGAAAGAGAUUCAGUCGGAGUGGCCAUCUUCAGCUGCACCGAAGAACCCACACAGCGGAAAAAUCGUUUGAGUGUUCAGAAUGUGGGAAGAAAUUCAGUCAGAGUGGCACGCUUCAACUGCAUCAAAGAACCCACACAGGGGAGAAACCUUUUGAAUGCUCAGAGUGUGGAAAGAGAUUCAGUGAAAGUGGCACUCUUCAAUAUCAUCAAAGAACCCACACAGGGGAAAAACCUUUUGAAUGCUCAGAAUGUGGAAAGAGAUUUAGUCACAGUGGCCAUCUUAAAGAGCAUCAGAGAACGCACACAGGGGAGAAACCUUUUGAAUGUGCAGUGUGUGGAAAGAAAUUCCGUUGGAGUGGCACUCUUCAACUGCACCAAAGAACCCACACAGGGGAAAAACCUUUUGAAUGCUCAGAAUGUGGAAAGAGAUUUAGUCACAGUGGCCAUCUUAAAGAGCAUCAUAGAACGCACACAGGGGAGAAACCUUUUGAAUGUGCAGCGUGUGGAAAGAAAUUCUGUUGGAGUGGCACUCUUCAACUGCACCAAAGAACCCACACAGGGGAAAAACCUUUUGAAUGCUCAGAAUGUGGAAAGAGAUUUAGUCACAGUGGCAAUCUUAAAGACCAUCAGAGAACGCACACAGGGGAGAAACCUUUUGAAUGCUCAGACUGUGGAAAGAGAUUCAGUCUGAGUGACACUCUUCAAAAGCAUCAUAGAACCCACACAGGGGAGAAACCUUUUGAAUGCUCAGAAUGUGGAAAGAGAUUCAGUCAGAAUGGCCAUCUUCAGCAGCAUAAAAGAACCCACACAGGGGAGAAACCUUUUGAAUGCUCAGACUGUGGAAAGAGAUUUAGUCACCGUGGCAAUCUUCAUAAUCAUAAAAGAACGCACACAGGGGAGAAACCUUUUGUAUGCUCAGAGUGUGGAAAGAGAUUCAGUCACAGCGGCAAUCUUCUACUGCAUCAAAGAAUCCACACAAUGGAGAAACCUUUUGAAUGUUCAGACUGUGGAAUGAGAUUCACACGGAGUGGUACUCUGAAAGACCAUCAAAGAAUGCACACAGGGGACAAGCCUUAUAAAUGCUCAGAGUGUGGGAAGAGAUUCAGUCUGAGUGGCCAUCUUCAGUUGCAUCAAAGAACUCACACUGGGGAGAAACCUUUUCAAUGCUCAGAAUGUGGAAAGAGAUUCAGUAAGAGUAGCUGUCUUACACGGCAUCAAAGAACCCACACAGGGGAGAAACCUUUUGAAUGCUCAGAGUGUGGAAAGAGAUUCAGUGAGAGUGGCACUCUUCAACAGCAUCAAAGAACCCACACAGGACAAAAACCUUUUGAGUGCUCAGAGUGUGGGAAGAGGUUCUGCCAGAGUGGCAGCCUUCAGUUGCAUCAAAGAACCCACACUGGGGAGAAACCUUUUCAAUGCUCAGAAUGUGGAAAGAGAUUCAGUCUGAGUAGCACUCUUACACGGCAUCAAAGAACCCACACAGGGGAGAGACCUUUUGAAUGCUCAGAGUGUGGAAAGAGAUUUAGUCAGAGUGGCUUUCUUCAACAGCAUCAAAGAACCCACACAGGAGAAAAACCUUUUGAGUGCUCAGAGUGUGGGAAGAAGUUCAGUCACAAUGGCAGUCUUCAGUUGCAUCGAAGAACUCACACUGGGGAGAAACCUUUUGAAUGCUUAGAAUGUGGAAAGAGAUUCAGUAAGAGUAGCACUCUUACGCAGCAUCAAAGAACCCACACAGGGGAGAAACCUUUUGAAUGCUCAGUGUGUGGAAAGAGAUUCAGUAAGAGUAGCAGUCUUACGCAGCAUCAAAGAACCCACACAGGGGAGAAACCUUUUGAAUGCUCAGAGUGUGGAAAGAAAUUCCGUUAUAGUGGCCAGGUUCAACGUCACCAGAGAACCCACACAGGGGAAAAACCUUUCGAGUGCUCAGAGUGUGGGAAGAAGUUCAGUGAGAGUUGCAGUCUUCAGUUGCAUCAAAGAACUCACACUGGGGAGAAACCUUUUGAAUGCUCAGAAUGUGGAAAGAGAUUCAGUCUGAGUAGUUCUCUUAGAAAGCAUCAAAGAACCCACACGGGGGAGAAACCUUUUGAAUGCACAGAGUUGUGUGGAAAGAAAUUCAGUCGGAGUGGCUCUCUUCAAGAGCAUCUAAGAACCCACACAGGAGAAAAACCGUUUGAGUGCUCAGUGUGUGGAAAGAAAUUCAGACAUACUGGUAGUUUUCGUUAUCAUCAAAGAACCCACACGGGGAAGAAACCUUUUGAAUGCUCAGAGUGUGGAAAGAGAUUCAGUCAUAGUGGCCACCUUCAGGUUCACCAAAGAAUCCACACAGGGGAGAAACCUUUUGAAUGCUCAGAGUGUGGAAAGAGAUUCAGUCGGAGUUGCUCUCUUCAAGAGCAUCAAAGAACCCACACAGAAGAGAAACCUUUUGAGUGUUCAGAGUGUGGAAAAAAGUUCACUCAGAGCAGCACUCUUCAGCAGCAUCUAAGAACUCACACACGAGAGAACCCUUGUGAAUGCUCACUGUGUGGAAAGAGAUUCAGUAAGGCUAGGCAUCUUCAGCUGCAUCACAGAACCCACACAGGGGAGAAACCUUUUGAAUGCUUAGUGUGUGGAAAGACAUUCAGAAAGGUUAACCAUCUUCACCAGCAUGAAAGAACCCACACAGGGGAGAAACCUUUUGAAUGCCUAGACUGUGGAAAGAGAUUCAGUCAUGGUGGCAGUCUUCAGUACCAUCAAAGAACCCACACAGGGGAGAAACCUUUUGAAUGCUCUGAUUGUGGAAAGAGGUUCAGCGGAAGUGGCACUCUUCAGUUGCAUGAAAGAACCCACACGGGGGAGAAGCCUUUUGAAUGCUCAGAGUGUGGAAUGAGCUUCACCUGGAGAGAUCAACUUCAACAGCACCAGAGAACCCACACAGGAGAAAAACCUUUUGAAUGCUCAGAGUGUGGAAAGAAA